UUCCCGCCGGCUCCACUUCCGGCGCUGCACCAUGGCGGCGGCUGUGCGGGAUCCCCUGGAGGAGGAGCUGACCUGCCAGGUCUGCCUGGAGAUUUACACCGAGCCGGUGAUUCUGAGCUGCAAGCACAGCUUCUGCCGGGGCUGCCUGGAGGCGGUGUGGAGGGAGGCCGAGGCCUACUCGUGCCCGCAGUGCCGGGCGGCCUGGGCGGACAGGCCCCGCCUGGAGAAGAACUUCCAGCUGGCCAACAUCGUGGCCGGCUACCUGGCCCCGGAGCCCCGCCGCGGCGUCGUGCCGUGCACCUACUGCACCAGGAAGCGGCGCUCGGCCCUCAGGAGCUGCCUCCGCUGCGAGGUGUCCCUGUGCCCCCUGCACCUGCGGCUGCACCAGGAGAGCCCGGUGCUGAGGGCCCACCCCCUGGCCGAGCCCGCCGCCGCCGCCAUGGCGACCGCCAAGUGCGCGCGACACCAGAAGCUGCUGGAGAUCUACUGCAGGGACGAUGCCGCCUGCGUCUGCAGCCUCUGCGCGCUCAUAGGGAGCCACAAGGGCCACGACUUAAUCAGCGUCAGUGAAGCAGUGGAGGAGCUGAGGAAUAAUUUGGGAGAUCAACAGGAGGAACUCAGGAACAAAGUUAAAAUUUCACACGCUGCUAUCGAAGAUGUUAAGAAAGAGAAGCAAAAUGCUUUGGCAGCGAUAAAGGAGAAGGAAAUAAAUGCUGAGGAGAAGUACGAGGCUCUCAGGCGGCAGAUUGAUGAUGAUGAGAGGAAAGCUUUUGACGAGCUGGACAGAGAGAAAGUCCAAGUAACAGCAGAGAUCGAUGCAAGGAUUCUCAACAUCCAGAAUGCAGCAGAAGAAUUUGAGAAGUCUCUAACUGAUCUGAACAACCUGUCAGAAAAAUACGAUGACAUCCUAUUUAUACAGGAAUUUAACUCCAUCACUGCCCGCUUGAAGGAUGUCUCGCUGCCACCUAGGCCAACGUCUUAUUCUUUGAGUAGCGCACAAGUGAAAGAUGAAAUGAAAAGUACAGUUGAGGGAGGUGAGGAGCAGAGCGGGAGACAGAUGAUGGUCAAAUUCUAUGGCCAGACUCUGACUCUUGAUCCAGACACAGCAAAUCCAUAUCUCAUUCUGACGGACAACAACAGAACUGUGUCGGCAUCGAAUUACAUUCAGGUGUUUCCCAAAAGUGCACAGAUCUUUGACCGAUGGCCCCAGAUCCUUGGUGUUAAGGGUGUGAGUUGUGGCCAGUCUUACUGGGAGAUCCAGGUGAAGGAAAGUGAUGGGGCCUGGAGCAUUGGAGUGUGCUACAAGAGUAUCAGCAGGAAAGGAGAAGGCAAUGACUGUUUGCUCGGGUUUAAUGACAAAUCCUGGUGCAUCCACUCUGGGCCGGAUGCCCUCGCAGCCCUACACAAUGGGAGGAGAAUUGCUGUGAAGCCAGAGAAGCCCUCCACAGUUGGAGUGUUUAUCGAUUUUGAUGGUGGGGUCAUCUCCUUCUACAGUGUGUGGGGGAGUGAGCUCACCUUGUUGCACACCUUCCAUGGAAGAUUCACUGAGCCUCUCUACCCAGCUGUGCGGGUUCGAAUUGGAGCGACCCUGUCCCUUUCUGUUCUGAAGUGAUUGUUAAAACUCUGAUAUACACUGCAUUCCACCACUUGCUUCAAUUUCACUGUCAGAACUGCCUUCAUCACAAAAAUCUAAACCUAUGGUGUUACAAAAAGUCAGUUUUCCUUGCGCUGUUCCUGUUGGUGAUGUGGUUUGAUUCUUCAGCUCAGGCGGAUUGAAAUCUGCUUUGAUUCUAGUGGUUUGCGCACAUUUAAAUAACUUCAGCCCUUCCAAGGAGGCCGCUCAGGCAUAAUCCAUGUCUGCCAGAAACAAAGUCUUUCUUCAAAUCAAGACCCGUGUAUUUAUUUAAUAUCUUCAUAUGUAAUUCAUAUGUUGGUCAUUGUUUCUAAAUUUAAAGUGGAUGGAUUGGUGAAAAUAAGGCUACUGUAGGAGAGAAGGAUAAAAUGUGGUCUGGAAAUAAGGAUUAGUUGCAAAAAGCUGCAGCUUGCCUAUUUGUCGUAGAGUGACUGAUCAGAGUGGGCUUGUACCCAAGUCCUUUGAGAGAUUAAAUAUGAAACAGUAAUUUGCUAUUUCAGAACAUGGAUAAAAGCCAAAUUUAAAAUGAUUGCUGCAAUUGUUAUUGUGAGAGAAAUGGUUUGUUGAGGCAUUGACAUGAGAAAGCAAUAGGAAACAUUGGCUCCUCAUGCCUUCAGAUAAUUUGAUAAAAGGCGCAAGGCUUGAACAAUGUGUUUGUAGAGAACAGGUGCUGUAUGUGAAUAUUUAUCACGUCUAGCACGCCACAAUAUGAGCUGACUGACUAUCACCAUUGGUUGUUCGUGUUACUCUUCGCGCAGUUGGGAUUGUUCAGCACCUGCAGGCCAGUCAGAGUCUGUUCCAAAAUGUUUUGUUUUAAGCUUUGAAAAUAUAGGCCAGUUGAGUACAAUCUGUUUCCGCCUGUUGUGAACAGCCAGAGGAAAGUGCUGUUUGAUUUAAAUCAACCAACCACCAACUUGUGGCUCAUUUACUUGGAAUUCUGCUAACACUAAAAUCGAUACAUAGCCUUGCUGAAGUGUGUAUGAUAGGUAGAACUGAGCACAGCACUCUGUUAGUGGAAAACUGUGGCAUUCUUCUUUCUGUCCUGAAGAUUGCCUGAUGAAAAUUUGCAGCAGCCCAUCUUUGUCUCUUUUAAGCAAUGUUCCACAUACACAAAACUUGCGAAUGCAUAAUUCAAGUAGGUUUCUAUGACUCAAACUAUAGGUUCCAAGGUAAUAAACAAUAAGCAUCCUCAUUAGAUUCUAAUCAUACACUGGAGUAAUUCUGAUUACUGUUCAGUAUUUUCACAACUGAACUUUAAGACAAAUUCAUUCUUGCAUUCAAACCCAUUAACAGUCAUUCAUCUCAAAAAGAUGAUGAUUACUAUGCAUGGUUUAAUGUCUGUGAUACAAAAGAAUGUUGCCAUAAAGGGUUAUACAUUAUUAGUUGAGUGAUAUAUAAGUGAACAGCCUGAACUCUCAUGUGAUCAGCAAAGGAUGUGGACCCACAUACCAAGAAGUCAAAAAAAAGUCUUGCUCUUUAUCAGUCUUUGUAAGAAAUUCAUUGUGAAUAAGAGAUUUGAAUGUGUCUGAUAUCUGUAACAUUGUUGUCUACAGGCUGUAUACUUUUGUUUCUAUAUGAUUGCAAUUUUUAACAAAUAAAUUUUUGUUUUAGCCAA